AUGUCAGGUACCGCGAAGUCUUCGACCGCCUCGAGUGUCGAUGGCGACCAUGCCACCACUGCUUCGACUGAGCCUUCGGCGGCGGCGACUCCGACGGGCAAGCGCGGCAAAUCCGAUGCGACAUCUGCUUCGUCACAGUCUUGGCUUUCGUGGCUGAGUGACAAGUACACGAUCCAAUACUCGAUUCCACCAGCCUAUGCGCCGGCCGCACUUCAAGUCGCCAUCACGGCAUUCCCCCUCGGCAUCGUCUUUGGUCUUGUUCUGCCACGCGCAUUCUCCUUCUUGACCAGCGUCUUGGACUCGAAAAGCGCUGCUUCUUGGCAAGAUACACCCUGGUGGGCAUUCCCGCAGCUUCACCUCUACCUCUUGGCGUGGGUGACCUUCCACAUGCUCGAGUUCACCGUCACGGCCUCGUACAACCCCACGCGCCUCUUCUCGGACAGCUUCCUGCUCAACAACGGCGCCCACUACCACAUCGCCCACCUCUUUUCGCUGCUCGAGUUCUCGCUCACCGCCUACCUCUACCCCGCCUCCAAGUCGACCUCGAUCUUCACACUGGUCGGCAUCGUGCUGAUCAUCUUUGGGCAGACGCUGCGGAGCAUGGCCAUGAUUCACGCACACAACAACUUCAGCCACAUCCUGGCGUUCAAGAAGCGCACAGAUCACGAGCUGGUCACCACGGGCGUGUACGCGUGGACGAGGCACCCAAGCUAUGUGGGAUUCAGCUACUGGGCGGUGGGCACGCAGGUGAUGCUCGGUAACAAGAUUGCUGCGGUUGGGUUUGUAGGAACACUGUGGAUGUUCUUCAGCAGGAGGAUCAGGGCUGAGGAGAAGGCUUUGAUCGAGUUCUUUGGUCAGAAGUAUGUCGACUACAAGCAAAGGGUGGGCACGGGUCUGCCGUUUAUCUAA